AUGAUAAUGAUUGCUAUAAUCAUUUUGUGUCACCAAGUGAGUUGCUGCCAAAAAGAUCCAAGAGGUAGUUUAACUGCACAUCAAAGUUUCAAUGUUUUUGUCACUGCCAUCUACUUCAGCAUUUUCAAACUCUUCAUCGUUGUCUUCAACAUCAUCUUCAACAUCGUGCAUCGCAGUUAUCAGUGCUUUUCAGAUAUAACCAUCAAGACAAAAAGGCUGUUUUUCCUUUUCAUUUGGUGUAACAUUCAGGCUAAUGUUCUUCAACAACGUUAUGAAACAGACGCUGAAUUUGCUCUAAAGAUGCGGAUGCUCUCGGUCCUUGCCUUUUUAGAUUCAACUGAUAUUGUUGAAAAGUUUGAACGGUUACUAGGAGAAUUUCCAGCUGAAAGAGUACCAGUCAUAGAUUUCUUUAAGGAAACAUAG